GACAAAGCCUGAGGUACGUAGUAGUACUACUACUACUUACUAUCUACUAUCUAUUGGUUCAGGUGAGGUAAUCAGAGGCUGGAAUAUAUCUCCGUGGUCACAUCCCUUUCGUGCUCCUCUCAUCCUCUUUUCCCAAACUCCCCUAGCCUCGACUGGGUCGAGGGCUGUUCUGGAUGAAUCGGUAUCGCAACGCCCCCGGGCUUAGAGGCCCUAGCAAGGCAACAGCCAGCACCCUGUGUCAAAAGUGCUUACAACGAGGGCAUUACAGCUAUGAAUGUAAGGUCACCGCGCAGGAGCGGCCUUAUAUGUCUCGCCCAUCGCGCACUCAGCAGUUGCAGAACCCCAAACUACGGCCGCAACUAACGAAUGAUGCCUAUAAGGAUGCCUUGCGCACGAAAGAGCCCAAUCAUGAGACUUUGACCAGGCAUGAGGAAGAACGAGGUCGCAAGAGAGAUUUAGAUCAGGUAGAUCCGUUGCACAGCGGUACUCACUUAUCGAAGCGCGCACGCUCGGCUUCUUCGCAUUCGGCAAGCUCUGUAUCGACCAUCUCAACCAGUCGAUCCCACUCGCGGUCGCCGUCUCGCAGGCAAGAGCGGAGAAGGUCCAUGUCCUCUCGUCCUUCCAGCCGCAGAAAGAGACGCUAUAGUGACUCGCCUUCUACUCACUCCAUUGCAUCCUACACCUCUGGAGAGAGAGAUUCUCGGUCUCGGUCGCGGGAGUGGUCAGAUGACAGAAACACAAGGCGGAGACGUCGCGCUUCGAGUCCGGAGGAACGAGGGCGGCCCAGGAACCUGUCGCCGGAUGGUGGACGACGGGAUCGGUCUAGAAGCCAUAGUGCUGAUCGCAGUCGAAUGGCCAAGAACAGAAGAUCCGUGACUCCUCCGCUGGCGACGAGGAGCGACUAUCAAGACCCAAACCAUCGCAAGGCGCAAUCCCGCCCGGAUCCUGUAGGCAGUGGCGGCGGGCGCGGCCCCGGUCAGCAACUCCCUCCGCCCCGGCGAGAGAGGAGUCUUAGUCCUUACAGUAAACGCAUUGCGCUGACCCAAGCGAUGAACUUCGGACACUAGGCAGCGAGCGGAGCUUGGAUAGAACAAAAGUCGUUGGGAUGUAUGCGUGGGCGUAUGGGCGUUCUAGUCUCAAAUGAUUAUGGGGACACAUUGUAUGAUAAGAGGAUUUAAGCGUGAAUGAUGCAGAGAUCAUUGAAAG